AUGAACCCAUUUUCGCUUCAUUGGUAAAUAACUGAUAAAUUAAAUUCAUAAAUUGAUAAAUAAUCAGAGUUAUUUGGAACUGCUCUAGCAAAUGAAUUAAAUUAAUUCAAAUCACCUUUUACAUAUAAAAGGUUAGCCAUACUUAAAGCAAUAGUUUGUGAAACUGAAUAACAAAUACUACAAUAGAUUUUAGAAUAAUUAUCAGUUCAAUAAGUAUAAGGAUUAAUUAAAAAUAUUUCAUAAUUAUUGGAAGAUUAUUCUGUUUAUAUUAAUCGAGUUUAUUUAUGCAAUAAACAUUUGAAAAAUAAAAAUAAAAUUCUUCCUACAGAUUUGAGUGUUAUUUCUUAAAUAUGUUUCUAGAUCAUAUAAGAUGGUAACUUAACGUAAAUAUAAAAUAGCAUUUAUGAAAUAUUUGCUAGAUAACUUAAUGAAACUUUGUGUUUAAAUCCUUUCUAAAUUGAAAGCGAUGCUUAAAGAGCUUGUAGAUCACAUAUAAAUAGAAAAUAUUAUUAGUAAAAAUUUAACAAUAUGGAAUCAGGAUUUAGCAAUCAAAUUGCAUAGACUCCAAAUUAAUUAACUACUGAAAAUUGUUCUUUAUUCUAGUUGUAGUUUGAAAAAGAGGAAAAUUAAUAUAGAGCUCUAUUAAUUUAGUAUUCGAAUGUUCAAAAACAUAUUCAUAAAAUUCUGAAACCAAUAAAGAAAAAUUUAUAGAUAGACAUGUUCGAAGUUGUAGCUUCAAGUUGUUAAAACACUUUUUAUAGAUGA